AUGGGGCGCCGCCGCCAUGUCGUCGUCCUCCUCCUCCUCCUGCUCCUCUUGCAGCUGGUUCCCCGGAUCCUCGCCUCCACCGCCGCCACCCACGGCAAUGCAGAGGCCGCCAUUACCAAGGAGGAAGGGGGCAGCGUGGGGGCCAUGAUGCAGCAGACGCUGGGUUCCCGGCCGCCGAGCUGCGAGGGGCAGUGCCAGUGGGCGUGCGGCGGCCGCCGGUGCGAGGCCGUGCAGGUGCCCGUCGCUCCGCGCGACCUGGGGCAGCAGCUGAAGAAUAGGAAGAAGGAGAAGCGGGCAUCGCCGGCGGCAGGGCGAGGAGGGGGCGCGCUGCUGCCGUCCUCGUACGACGAGCACUCCAACUACAAGCCGCUCGGCUGGAGAUGCAAGUGCCUCCACUCCUAG